AUGUCGAACCAUUCCAGCGCAUCACGGCAAUUAAAUUCCUUCGAAGAGAAGGAAGAGGCACCAACUGAGUUUAACGACAUCCACAGAGACACCACUAACUAUGACAGUGGGUACAAAGAGGAUCUAAACGAACAGCAUCUGUCAGAGGGAAAUGAGCCGAUAGUUCAUUCGAUCACCCAACAAGGUGAUUUUGUCGAAAUGGGAGGUCAUAGAUAUCGGAGAAAAGAUCUGGCAAAUAUCUUUGCCGCAGACUUGGACAAUGUGGCAUACAAAACGAGACCCCGCCACGGAGUUCAGCUGGGUAAUCCGGUUCCGCUAGGUUUAGCUUCCUUCUCAUUUUGUUGUCUAAUUUUAUCUCUUGUCAAUGCACGUGUUCGUGGUGUUACGGAUUCCAAGCUGUUAGUUCCAGCAUUUUUGUUCUUUGGUGGUGCUAUUGAAUUAUUCGCGGGGUUGCUAUGUUUUGUUAUUGGUGAUACCUAUUCUAUGACUGUUUUUUCAUCAUUCGGUGGAUUUUGGAUUUGUUGGGGAUGUAUUAAUACUGACCAGUUUCAUGUAGCGGCGGCGUAUGAGAAUGAUCCGACGAUGAUGAAUAAUGUCCAAGGUUAUUUCUUGGCGGGCUGGGUUGUCUUCACAUUUUUAGUGAUGGUUUGCGCGAUGAAAUCGACGUGGGGUCUUUUCUUGUUGUUAUUCUUCUUAGAGUUGACAUUUUUGCUUCUCUGUAUUGGCUCCUUCAUCAACAAUGCCCACGUCUUGAUGGCCGGUGGUUAUUUCGGAAUAUUGAGUAGUGUCUGUGGUUGGUAUUCGCUGUACUGUGCGAUUGCGGAUCCUGCAUAUACUUAUGCUCCAUUGAGGGCUUAUCCGAUGCCAAAUUCUCAGGUGUAG